CUCCAGCUUCCUGGGUGAGUCGACAUCUAAGAGAACCUCUCCAGGAUGUCCAAGGCCAAGGCUGCACCGCCUCCUGGGUGCACUCUUGACAUAAAGGACCCUCAGGUCCAGGAAGCAGCUAUUCGGAUCCAGGCUUCAUACCGAGGUCAUAGGUCACGUAAGGAGCUUAGGGAGACAGGCCCCCCAAAGUUCCUGCAGGAGCUGAAGGAUGUGGUCCUCCUAGAGGGCAGUGCGGCCAAGCUGGAGUGUCGGGUCAGUGCUUUCCCUGACCCCUUCAUUGUCUGGUCGAAAGAUGGAGCUGAGCUAAAAGAUGGACCCAAGUACCGAUAUGUGUUUGAGGAUCCAGACGUGGUGGCACUGGUGGUGCGAGAUGGGGUCCUGGCUGACUUGGGCAAAUACACAGUGACCAUCAAGAACACCUUCGGCAUGACAUCUGGAUCCGCUUGUAUUUUAAUAGAGGUUCCUGCUAAGGUAACCAAAGGCCCAGACAGUGUAAAAGCCAAAAAAGGGACCACGGUGGUGCUAAAGGCAGAUAUUGGUGGGGAGCCCGCUCCAGAUGUUGGUUGGCUUAAGGACGGUGAAGACAUCGAGGAGGAUGACAGGGUAUUCUUUGACGUGGGAGAUGCCAACACCAUCCUGACGAUAAAAAAUGCACAGAGGUCAGAUGCUGGAAAAUACGAGAUCUAUGUGGAAAACAAUUUUGGCACAGACCAAUCCUUUGCUCACGUUGACAUCCUGUGAAGAGCUGUCCUAUGUACUUCUCUUCUCUUCUGUCUCUUCCUGUUCUUGGCUCAUGACAACAAAUCCCAGUUUAUGUUUCAAUUCGUGGUCACAUAUCAGAUGGGUCCAAAUAAAACAGGGCUACACACUGACAACCUCUGAUGACCAUGCGGUUCAUAGUCUAUGACAUGGAUGUGAGACAGAUGUAUUGAUGCUUUUAAUAAUGUAUUUCCUUCCACUUUCUGUGUUUACGUCCCACUUUUAAAUCUCCAUUGUACUGUAUGAAAAAUGGCAUUUACAGAGUAGUCAUCUUGUCAACUAUGUUCUAAGUUGACUGCACACAAAAAAUAAAGAUUGUUGCAAAUGUAAGUUUCGCCUCAAGCACAGAGUUGUUUACUUAAGGGUUUGCCAUUAACCCUGGAUUUGCCAUACUGAAAUCUUGUACAAGAAGUACCUCACAGUUAGUUAUCAGUGGUCAUAUUGUUUUCGUAUAGGUUAGCCUCAGUGUAUUCCAUCUGGACAUGAGGGUAUCUGACAAGCAUAAAAAUAACACAUCCCUCAAUGCAUUGGUUUAAGGAAAUUACAUGUUUAUUGCACUUUGUAAAAGACAAUAAUUGCCAUGAUAUCAUAUGAAUAAAAAGUAUGAGUUAUCAACCAUUUAUACUCGGUUUAUUAACUGUCUUCACUAAUCUUCAAAUAGGCUUCUCCAGGCCAUCUUAAAAGUCUGGACAUUGCCCUUUGUGUGCCAGGUCGACGUCAUUUGUGUCCUUUUAGUAUUAACUCUGUGCACGUAGAAUAAUGUUGGAGGUUCAGCCAAACAGACAAAUGUCCGAAUACCAGGGGAAGUAUCCAAGUAGGUACAAUAACAGCACGAGUGAAUAACAAGCGCGCUCUGAGGGACAACACUAUAUCUGCAACAAUUAUCUUCUAGCUCACUUUAGUACUGUAAACGCAAUUACAUUAAUUCACUGUAGCUAUACAUAAAAACCUCAACUACUUUAGUGGUAGGCCUAAGUAUGUGGGCAAAUGUUACGCCAAGUAUUUUGAGAGUGGUGUGGUAUGAAUACCAACGAUGCAAACUUGCUAGUCAACUUCACAGAAAACGAGAACUUUGAAGACUGUCCCUAUCCUCCAUUCUCCACUAGUCGGUUUUAAGGCUCCCCGAAUUGGGAGUUCCUUGCCAGCGAAAACGUCAUAAGGAAGUUUGGCAAAACUUUUUACAUUGUUGAAAAACUUUACUCCAGGCAAGACGACAUUGUCUCUUUUGGAACUUUACUAAAUCCUAAAUAAAAUUGUUAAUUUGGCAUAUGCGAUAAAUACAUUAAUACUGCAUUGACAGGGAAAAAAAGUACAUCCUCAGGCCGACAGAUCUUUUAAACUUUGUUUGCGUGGUGGAUUUUGCUUAAGUUAAACGGGCAACGCACGUCUGAAUCAGCUCACGUCUGUGCAGAAUAUAGUUCAAUAUUGAUAAACGGAUUAUAUAUGACGAUCCAUUUGUACAUAGGUCAAUAUCAAACAUAUUUUAGAACUGCGGUGUAUACAAUAUUGACCAAUAUUCAACUACAUCAAACACAGUUAAAGUAACAUAUGUGGGCCCCACCCGAUGGCAGGCUACCAAUUUAUCUCAUGGACAAUGUGAACGAAUGUGAAAGACCUCCAAAACAGUUAGAAAUAUAAAUAUAAGAUUUUUUUGCGAUUGAGGGAAACUUGGCAUCUCGCUUUAAAUAACUUAACAACUCCUUACAAAACUUACAUAUGGACAAAUCUCAUCUUUCCUGUCUGUAAGAAGCUGGCAAUUAUUGUAGCUUAUAACCACAAACGUAUUGAGUGUGCCAAAAUACACAAACAUUUUACAUCAUGACGAUAUUGCUACUGCGAAACACUGUCCUUUGGCAACUCCCAAUAUCCUCCUGGUUCAGUAAAGAUAUUAAAACAUUCAAGACACUUCAAGUGUGUUUAGAUUUUUUGCUAAUUUGACUGAAAGACUUUAUCCUCUCCAUUGAAUGUAGGGACACCAAUGUCUUUGAAGGCCUCUAGAUUGAUAUAUUCAGACAGAUCAUGUUUUAUAUUUGGUACUAAAAGAGCCCAGGGCAUCUAUUCAUGAUUGUCACCAGACAG